CGUCCCCUCAAAUUUUCAGUUAAACCCCAAGUCUCCACAAGGAAACAUCUAAACUUCCAUUUUUAUUUUACUUUUACAAAAUAACAUCAGAAUGUUUGAGUCUUUCGAUUGGACUUUGGGAUUAGAUUUGAAGAACUUUCGCGAUGUGAAACAGCGUGUGGUGAGAAAAAUCGGGGAUCUGGAACACUAUGGAGCCAAGUGGGGUCGUCUCAUCGGCAUCGAAGAUGGCAAGGAUGAUGCUUUCAUUCGUUUUAUGAAGCAGAACAUUUAGCAAGGUUAACAAAAUUGGAAAAUGGCGUGUUGCAUGUUACUUUAAAGCCAGACAAGAAUACACAUGUUCAAUAUACAAAAUGCAUUACCUUGCGUAAACAAUUCGA